AUGCGAGCCGCCGCGCUGGGGCUGGCGCUCCGGGCGCUCUGGGCGCUGGCCCUCUCCUCCCUCUCCAACACGCUGGCGGUGAACAACAGCGGGCGGUGGUGGGGCAUCAUCAACGUGGCCUCGUCCACCAACCUGCUGACGGACUCCAAGAACGUGCAGCUGGUGCUGGACCCCAGCCUGCAGCUGCUGAGCCGCAAGCAGCGCAAGCUGAUCCGCCAGAACCCCGGCAUCCUGCACAGCGUCAGCUCCGGCCUCCAGACCGCCAUCAAGGAGUGCAAGUGGCAGUUCCGCAACCGCCGCUGGAACUGCCCCACCUCGCAGGGCCCCAACAUCUUCGGCAAGAUCGUUAACCGGGGCUGUCGGGAGACCGCGUUCAUCUUCGCCAUCACCAGCGCCGGUGUCACGCACUCGGUGGCACGGUCCUGCUCGGAGGGUUCCAUCGAGUCCUGCACUUGUGACUACCGGCGCCGCGGCCCCGGGGGGCCCGACUGGCACUGGGGGGGCUGCAGUGACAACAUCGACUUCGGGCGCCUCUUCGGGAGGGAGUUUGUGGACUCCAGUGAGAAGGGCCGGGACCUGAGGUUCCUCAUGAACCUGCACAACAAUGAGGCUGGGCGCAUGACGGUGUUCUCCGAGAUGCGCCAGGAGUGCAAGUGCCACGGCAUGUCGGGCUCCUGCACCGUGCGCACGUGCUGGAUGCGGCUGCCGACCUUCCGUGCCGUGGGCGACGUCCUGAAGGACCGCUUCGACGGCGCUUCCCGAGUCAUCUACGGCAACAAGGGCAGCAACCGGGCAUCGCGCGUGGAGCUGCAUCACCUGGAGCCCGAGAACCCGGCCCACAAACCCCCCUCGCCCCACGACCUCGUCUACUUCGAGAAAUCGCCCAAUUUCUGCACCUACAGCGGGAAGACGGGGACGGCAGGGACGGCCGGGAGGUUCUGCAACAGCUCCUCGCCGGGGCUGGAUGGGUGCGAGCUGCUGUGCUGCGGGCGCGGGUACCGCACACGCACCCAGCGUGUCACCGAGCGCUGCAACUGCACCUUCCACUGGUGCUGCCACGUCAGCUGCCUCAACUGCACCAACACUCAGGUGCUGCACGAGUGCUUGUGA